AUGAGUGAUUAUUAGAUAAAAUAUUAAGAAAUCAAAGGAAGUUUAACUAUUCUUAUGUAAUAAAAUAAUGCUCUUAAAUAAUAACUUAAAGAAGCAUGUGAAGAAUUAUAAGAAAAAUAAAUGUUAAAAGAUGAAUGGGCAGAAGAAGUGUAGAGAGUAUAAGAAACAAUAAAUUAAUUAUAAAAUGAUAAUUAUAGUAAUUAUUAAAUUAUAUAUUAGAUUUAUAAUAGGAUAAUGAAUAAUUGCAAAGAAACUGUACAGAAUCUAAAUACUUAAUUGAAUAAUAAAUUGAAUAAAUUACUAUUUUAAAGGAUUAGAAUGAAAUCUUAGCUAAUUAAUUAGAUUAAUGUAGAUCAUAGAAUUUAUAAAAGGAAUUAUAUAUAAAAUAAUAGAGAGAUGAUAACAUUAAAUAAAUUGAAUAAUUGCAAUAAUAAUAAUUUGAAGAAAUUAAAAAAUUAUAGGGUAUUAUAGAUAAUCAAAGCGGUCUAAUAUAAUCUUAUGAAAAAUUGAAUGAGAUUGAGAAAUAAGAUACUUAACAUAUAAAAUAACAACACUAUAUUUAAUUUGAAGAUUAACUUAUUGAAUUGAAAAAUAGAAAUAUAAUUCUUUAGAGUAAAAUAAAUGAAGAAAAAUAGAGAUAUGAUUUAUUAUAUGAAUAACAUAAAGAUGAAGUUUAAAAAUUAUAAAGUGUAAUUAAAGAAUAAAAGGAAUUAUUGUGUCAAUAUGAAAGAAUUAUAGAAAGAGAUAAAAGCUAGCAUAAUACUCCUAUUCAUCUUUAAUAUGAAAUAACACAACCUUAAUAAAUGAAACAAAUAAUAUAAUCUAUUCCAUAAUAAACCUUAUAUUCAUAGCCUAAUCUUAAUUAAAAUAUCUAUUAAUAAACUCUAGUAUCACCUGUACUCUAAGAUAAAUGUAAUCAACCAUCACCAACCUAUUUACAUACAUAACAAAGUUAUGCUCAACCUAUAAUGUAAAGACCACCAAAAACAUUUUUUACUAAUAAUAAAAUAAAUCAUCAAUUAUAAUAAUAGAUAUCAAGAGAUAAAUAAAAUUCAAAGGAAUAUCACUAAAAACGUAGUUUUAAUUUUGAUGAUGAUGAGGAAGAAGAUAAUAAGAAUGUAGAGAAAGAGUUUUAAGAAGAAUUCUUAAAUAAAUUUUAGAAUGUAAUAGGAAGAAUGGAGAAUAAAUUAUAUUAAAUGUAAAAUGAACUCAAUUUUUCAGGGAUUUCAGAUAAACCAAAAAAAUUAAAAUGA